GGUUUUCACUACGCGAAAUUAAUUCAUACACAAGUUUCACGUGUUUUGGCUGUCAAAAAGGUAAACAUGAUUGUUCAUCGCCCAGGACCCUUAAAACAGCAAAACAAAACCCACAAACAUGGCAAACAUAGAAGCAAGAGUCAGCGGGAAGAAGGGGGGAGAGUCAGUGUGAAGACUAUUUCAAAGAAAGCAACCAGUGUGAAAAGAAAGAAUGACAGAAAACAUCAGUCAUCACAACAUCGGAAACAGAAGCGUGAGGAAGCGUUCAACAGGAAAAGAAGUGUUGGAUGUUCAGGCACACCACCCCAUUGUGUGUUGGUAUUGGCUCUUCAUUCGGAUGUGGAUGUGUCAGAUUUCGUGAAAUCUUUGCUGGCCUGUGAUGAUACUCUGUCAACAGAAAAAGCAGGCUCCAACAUCACACAUGUCAGUAUCCCAAGGUUCAAACAACGCUUGGAAAUUCUUACCAGUCCCUAUGGUAACUUGUACAGUGUGCUAGAUGGAGCAAAGUCUGCCGACUCUCUGGUGCUAGUUGUCUCCCCUGACAAGGGUGUGGACAGUUUUGGGGAGGGAUGUCUCUCGUGUCUCCUGGGUCAGGGAAUGCCAGCUGUUACCAUAGUUACCAAGGGUUUAAAGUCUGUACCGCAGAAAAAACAAAAAGAUAUCAAAAAACAACUUCAGAAGACAAUGGAAAGAUGGUUUCCAGAUGAAAAAGUUCACACCCCAGACAGCCAACAGGAGUUCAUGUUGAUUUUACGGCAAAUAACAUCACAGAAGCUCCGAGACAUCCAUUUCCGGGAAAACCGGGCAUAUCUUAUGUCUGAACAUGUCAGCUUUGAAGUCAGUAAAGACUCAGAGGAGUAUGGAACCUUGAAGGUGACUGGUUACGUUCGCAGUCGGACAUUGAACACCAACAGACUGGUACAUGUGACGGGGCUUGGGGACUUCCAGCUGUCCCAGGUCGACCUUCUCGAAGAUCCUCAUCCGCUCCAGCCCAGGAAAGCAAAACAGGAUGUUGAGAUGGCCGAAGGCAGUGAACCGACAGUUUUAAGCGUUGUGAAACCAGACCCGGCCAAACAGGAGGGCCUACUAACAGAGGCUGAAAUUGACCCCAUGGAGGGAGAACAGACCUGGCCUACAGAGGAGGAACUGGCACAGGCUGAGGCUAGUCAGAAGCAGAUGAAGCGUCGUGUACCAAAGGGAACCUCGGAUUACCAGGCCUCCUGGAUUUUAGAAGAUGAGGAUGCGGCUGAGGGUGAUGUUGAGAUGGAUGAAGGUUCAGAUGCCGACAUGGAGGAUGACAUAGAGGCAGAGGCUGAUAUAGCUGAGCCUGACAGUGACGGCCUUAGUGACAGUGAAACAGGAGAGGACAUUGAUGAGGAUGAGGAGGAAGAGGAAUACGAAGAGAUCACUGUUGGUAAGGACGAGGACGCACAUUAUGAUGAACAAAUGGACAUGCAGGAGGAAUUGUCCAUGCUCGAGAAACUCAAGAAGGAAAAGAUGCAUGUGACAUUCCCAGACGAGGUUGAUACACCUCAGGGCGUGAAUGCUCGCACACGCUUCCAGAAAUACCGCGGGUUGAAGAGUUUCCGCACCUCUCCCUGGGAUCCCAAGGAGAACCUGCCACUUGACUACGCUAGGAUAUUCCAGUUCAAUGACUUCCGAAGGAUGAGCAGGAAAAUUCUCAAGGCUGAAGAUGAUGAGGAGGAAUCUGAAAAUAGCGUUUUGGCAUGGUCAUAUGUACGUCUUCAUAUCGCUAAUGUGCCGAAAGAUUUGUAUGAUGAACUUCCCGAGGACACGCCCCUCCAAAUGUUCAGCCUCCUUCCUCACGAGCACAAGAUGUCUGUGCUCAACAUUGUCCUGCAUAAAACCCACGACCUGGCUCGGCCCAUACAGUCCAAGGACAGAUUGACCUUCCAUAUAGGUUGUCGGAGGUUCACGGCCCGUCCAAUAUUCUCACAGCAUACAAAUGGGAAUAAACACAAGUUUGAGAAGUUCUUGCCGCGAGAGGGAGCAGUGGUGGCCACGAUCUACGCCCCAAUAACGUUCCCACCAGCUCCAGUACUCGUGUUUCAGGAUAGGCCUUUCGGUGGUAUAGAGUUAGUAGCGAAGGGCUCCCUGAUGUCCGUGAAUCCUGACCGGGUGAUCACUAAACGGGCUGUGAUCAGUGGAUACCCGCUUAAGAUCAACAAACGAUCAUGCGUGGUCCGAUAUAUGUUCUUCAACAGAGAGGACAUUGAGUGGUUCAAGCCCGUUGAGCUAAGAACCAAGUGGGGUCGCAGAGGGCACAUCAAGGUACCACUAGGAACUCACGGCCAUAUGAAGGUUGUAUUCGAUGGACAGCUUAAAUCCCAGGACACAAUUCUGAUGAACCUUUACAAGCGGGUUUUCCCGAAGUGGAGUUACAGUCAAGCAACGUCACGACCUAAAACUAUCAACAAACCACUGAAGGUCAUCUCCAUGGAAACUAUAGAAGAAGCGACGGAGGCUAAAGAAGGGGCGGCCUUCGCUUUGUUUGACUGACAUGUUAAUCGAUUAAGCUUGAUUGUUAAGAAUUUCUUAAGACAAAUUAAAAAAUAAACUGAAA